AUGAUCUCUUCGGCAAUCUUGGUCUUUGGUUGGGUGACUAUUGCAGCCGCCCAUGCGGGACAUGAUGUGACAAGGGCUCAAGGAGGGCUUGGAGCUAAUAGCUCAAUUCAUCUAAUAACAGUCUUUGUUAUCAAAGACUCGGUUUUCUCCGGCAUCUCAGCUUUUGGACGCCUUCCCUACGAACCUUGUCUAGAAAAUCGUGAUGCGAAAUACGACAUUGCUUUCAUCGGCAUGGCACUAGCAGUUGACUUCAGGAAACCAAAAGUCUUUGGUGGAUGCCCGUCCGAGGUCGCUUCCAUCAAUCACGGCACCUAUUUCUAUCAUGCAUCUCAGCAGGGCUUGCUGGCCAACGACAGCAAGAUCCAUGCCGGCAUUCGCACAACGCUGAGCGGACCCAGCGAUUGCGACAACGACGGAUACUGCGGCUUCGAGAUUGUAGAAGCGCGCGAGAUUGACCCCAUCGGAACUGAAGGCAUUAUCAAGAGAAUUGUCGAUCGAAUCGGGACUGAGAGACCCGUCUACUUGUCUAUUGACAUUGACACACUUGACCCUGCCUUUGCUCCCGCCACCGGCACUCCCGAAACAGAGGGCUGGUCGACCAGGGAGCGCAAAACCAUCCUCCGCGGUCUUAAAAAGCAGCGGGCAUUGUUGAAGUGGCGGUAUGUGGUCAACAUGCUUAGAGGUGGAUCUGAUAUUGUAACCAACAAACACCGAACACAGCCUGCCUAUGACACGAGUGCCGAGCAUACUACCAUGGCAGCAGCCGAUGUGCUACAUGAGGUGGUGAGCAUAAUGGUGAAAAAGGGGCCGUUGAGCAAAAUGAUGAUCCCUGGAGAGAGCUACGAACUGUGA